AUGGCAGCUCCACUCUCGCACCCCCAGAUCGAAAACGGUUGGUUCAUGGAGAAGUCCACCAUGUGGCCCGGACAGGCCAUGUCUCUUAAGGUCGAGGAGAUCCUCCACAUUGAGAAGUCCCAGUUCCAGGACGUCCUCGUAUUCCAGUCUGCCAACUACGGUAACGUCCUUGUCCUCGAUGGUGUUAUCCAGGCCACUGAACGUGAUGAGUUCUCAUACCAGGAGAUGAUCACUCAUCUUGCCAUGAACUCUCACCCCAACCCCAAGAAGGUUCUUGUUAUUGGUGGUGGUGAUGGUGGUGUCUUGCGUGAGGUUGUCAAGCACGAGUGUCUUGAGGAGGCUACUCUGGUUGACAUUGAUGAGGCCGUUCCCCGUGUCUCCAAGAAAUAUUUGCCAAACAUGGCCAUUGGUUUCCAACACCCUAAGGUCAAGGUUCACAUUGGCGAUGGUUUUGCUUUCUUGAAGGACAAGAUCAACCAGUACGAUGUCAUUAUCACUGAUUCUUCUGAUCCCGAUGGUCCUGCCGAGUCUUUGUUCGGUGCCGACUUCUUCCACCUCCUCAAGGCUGCCUUGACUGAAAAGGGUGUCUUCAGCACCCAGGGUGAGUGCAUGUGGCUUCAUUUGCCCUUGAUCCGCAAGGUCAAGGACUUCUGCAAGGCUUUGUACCCCCAGGUCGAGUAUGCCUAUACUUCAAUCCCCACUUACCCCAGUGGUCAGAUUGGUCACAUCAUCUGCUCCAAGGAUGCUGAGUCCAACCUUAGACAGCCCUUGAGAAAGUGGACUCCCGAACAAGAAGAUAAGAUGUUGCGUUACUACAACUCUGAGGUUCACAAGGCUGCAUUCAUUUUGCCUCAGUUUGCCAAGAAGGCUUUGUACGAGUAAAUCUUUGAAGUCCAAUAAAAAUAAAUCAAAUAUAUAUACAAC